AUGGCGCAUGUCUGUGCCGCUGCACCGGUUAUCUAUACGGCUAUUGUGCAGAUGAAGCGGGCGCAUGGGAAGGGUUCGCAGACGUCGCCUUCGGCUUCUCGUCAGGGACAGGCUGGGUCGGAUCAGGCGGGGGAGUCAGGGCUCUCGAUGAGGAAAUUUAAGCCGGCGAUCUACGAUUCGUUGCAUAUGUCGGAUGUGGCUAUUAUGGGUCGCGGCUGGAUGCAAAGUCAGCGGAGGUCGAGGGGCUCGGUGCCUUCGGCUCAUCAUUUGGAGCGGGCUCAUAGUGCUUAUUUCUCGGAUCCUGAGUUGGUGGCUAGUCCGCGUCCGGGGCUGAUUCUUGCUGUUGUUGCUAUGCUAUGCUAA